CGCUUAGCGGGCGGAGAGGGCAGGGCAGAGCCGGCCGGGCCCGCGGCCGCGCGGGGAACAAUGAGGCGGGAAGCGGCUGCCGCGGCUCGCGUGCCGUGAGGAGCGGAGCCGCGCUCCGGGAGGACGAGGAUGCGUGCGUGGAUGUGAGCCGUCCCUCGCCGCCUCGCCGGGUGCCGCUGCCAUGGACGCCGGCCGCCGGCGGGGAGCGCAGCCGGAGCCCAGCCUGACCCCGCCGCAGAGCGGGGUGUGACACCGGAGCGUUUUUUAUUUUUUAAUUACUAUUUAUUUAUUUCAUUAUUUUUUAAAAACCGUGUUGCAGUGGAUUGUGGCUCUGCGUUUCCAGCCGCCCGCGUCUCUCCAUUCAUCCAUCCAUCCAUCCAUUCAUCCGUCGGUCCAUCUGGGCGCCGAUGCCCGCCGCUGCCUGAAGGGCAGAGCCAUCAUGUACCUCCUGGACAGCAGCGAGCCGCCGGCCGCCGCCUCCUCGCCCGAGAGGAUGCAGCGGGGCACCCCGCAGAGGAAGACGGUGUACCGCAUCUCCGUGACCAUGGUGAAGAAGGAGCUGCUGGGGCCGGAGAGCGGCCGCGCCGGCCCCGAGCUGCCCCGGCGCGGGCGGAGCCGCCCGCCGGGCUCCUCCAGCCUCACCAGGGCCGGGCUGCUGCUGCUGGAGGAGGAGGAGGGCGAGGAGGAAGGCGAGGAGCGGGACAGGGUCCCCAGCCCCUGCGGCUUCCGCACCUUCCGGACGCUGAGCACGGGGCAGCUGGAGCUGGGCCGCCUCAAGGUGCCCCGGAGAGCGGGGCCGCCCCUGCCCGGGGCGCCGCGGGGCAGCGCCGGGCCCGGAGAAGCCGCGGCUGCCGCCGCAUCCCCGCCCGGCGAGGAGGGGGACAAGGCCGGGGAGGCGGCCCCGGGGGAGCGGGGCCACAGCCCGCGGCGGCAGUCGGGGCUGCUGCGGCGCAGCUUCAGCUUCAGGCACUGGAGCGGCGGCGGCGCGGAGCCGGGCCGGGUGCGGCGGCACAGCAGCUCCGGCUGCCUGCCCGGGCCGCCGCCGCCCUCGCCGCCCGCCGCGCUGCCCGCCGAGCCCCCCGAGAAGCGCAACACGCUGGACGUGGGCGAGGUGCUGAGCCAGGCGGAGCCGCUGUCGCGGCUGGAGCGCUGGGAGCGCAGCAAGAGCAAGAACCGGACCCUGGAUAACAGCGACCUGCAGCGGCUCUCGGAGCGGCUGGGCCGGGAGGGCCCCGCCGCCGGCGCCGAGCACCGGCUCCUGCGCUUCUUCAGCGGCAUCUUCGCCCGCAGGGACGGCCCCGCCGCCCUCUUUGGCAGCCCCCACGGGCGCUCCCCCCGCAGCAGCUUCUCCAGGUCCAGGGCUUACUUUAGCAGCCUCAGGAGAGCCGCCGUGGACAUGCAGUCCAGCUCCGAGAGCAUCAACGGGUCCCCCCAGAAAGAUGCCUUUGUAAACAGCCAGGAAUGGACACUGAGCCGAUCUGUACCCGAGCUGAAAGUGGGGAUCGUGGGUAACCUGGCCAGUGGGAAGUCGGCGCUGGUGCACCGCUACCUGACCGGCACCUAUGUCCAGGAGGAAUCCCCUGAAGAUAUGGAUGCAGGUGGGAGAUUCAAGAAGGAGAUAGUGGUUGAUGGACAGAGCUACCUGCUGCUGAUCAGAGAUGAAGGAGGCCCUCCAGAGGCACAGUUUGCCAUGUGGGUGGAUGCUGUUAUCUUUGUGUUCAGCUUGGAGGAUGAAGUCAGCUUCCAGACUGUUUACCACUACUACAGCCGCAUGGCCAACUAUCGCAACACUAGUGAAAUCCCCAUGGUCCUGGUGGGCACCCAGGAUGCCAUCAGCUCCACCAACCCCCGCGUCAUCGACGAUGCCAGAGCCAAGAAGUUGUCCAACGACCUCAAGAGAUGCACUUACUACGAGACCUGCGCGACCUACGGGCUCAACGUGGAGAGAGUCUUCCAUGACGUUGCCCAGAAGAUUGUUUCAACCAAGAAGAAGCAGCAGCUCUCAAUCGGACCCUGCAAAUCUCUACCCAACUCUCCGAGCCACUCCUCCGUGUGUUCUGCCCAGGUUUCUGCCGUACAUAUCAGCCAGACCAGUAAUGGAGGAGGGAGUUUAAGUGAUUAUUCCUCCUCUGUCCCAUCAACUCCAAGCACCAGCCAGAAGGAGCUGCGGAUUGAUGUUCCUCCCACUGCCAACACACCAACUCCUGUCCGUAAACAGUCCAAGCGCCGAUCCAACCUCUUCACGUCUCGGAAAGGGAGUGACCCAGACAAAGAGAAGAAGGUCCUGGAGAGCAGAACAGACAGCAUUGGAAGCGGCCGUGCAAUCCCAAUUAAACAGGGGAUGCUGCUGAAGCGGAGUGGCAAGUCCCUGAACAAGGAGUGGAAGAAGAAGUACGUGACACUGUGUGACAACGGCGUGCUGACCUACCACCCCAGCCUGCACGAUUACAUGCAGAACGUUCACGGCAAGGAGAUCGACUUGCUCAGAACCACUGUGAAGGUCCCUGGGAAGAGGCCACCCCGAGCCACAUCAGCCUGUGCCCCCAUCUCCAGCCCCAAAACCAACGGCCUCUCCAAAGACAUGAGCAGUUUACACAUCUCGCCAAAUUCAGGGAACGUGACUACUAGCACAUCUGUGUCUCAGAUGGCCAGUGGGAUCAGUCUGGUGUCCUUCAACAGCCGCCCGGACGGUAUGCACCAGCGCUCCUACUCGGUCUCCAGUGCAGAUCAGUGGAGCGAGGCCACAGUCAUUGCCAACUCUGGCAUUAGCAGUGACACGGGCCUGGGAGAUUCCGUGUGCUCCAGCCCCAGCAUUUCCAGCACCACCAGCCCCAAGCUGGACCCCCCUCCUUCCCCCCACGCCAACAGAAAGAAGCACCGCCGGAAGAAAAGCACAAGCAACUUCAAGGCUGAUGGCAUCUCGGGCACGGCUGAGGCCAAACGCAAAGCUUGGAAACUAAACCGUGUUGGUAGCCUGCGAAAUAUUUACAGCAGCAGCAGCACCAACACCGAAGAGCAAGAAGAGAACUUUGAGUUUAUCAUUGUCUCUCUCACGGGCCAGACUUGGCACUUUGAAGCAACCACCUACGAAGAGAGGGACGCGUGGGUCCAAGCCAUAGAGAGCCAGAUCCUGGCCAGUUUACAGUCCUGUGAGAGCAGCAAGAACAAGUCGCGCCUGACGAGCCAGAACGAGGCCAUGGCGCUGCAGUCCAUCAGGAACAUCAGAGGCAAUGCCCACUGCGUGGACUGCGAGGCACAGAACCCCGACUGGGCCAGCCUCAACCUGGGAGCCCUCAUCUGCAUUGAAUGCUCAGGUAUCCACCGCAACCUCGGCACGCACCUGUCCCGGGUGCGCUCCCUGGACCUGGAUGACUGGCCCAUCGAGCUCAUCAAGGUCAUGUCAGCCAUUGGCAACGAGCUGGCCAACAGUGUGUGGGAGGAGAACAGCCAAGGCCACGUGAAGCCUUGCCCAGACUCCACCAGGGAAGAAAAAGAGCUCUGGAUACGCGCCAAGUACGAGCAGAAGCUCUUCCUCGCCCCGCUGCAGUGCCUGGAGCUCUCUCUGGGCCAGCAUCUGCUGCGGGCCACGGCCGAGGAGGACUUGCGGGCGGUGAUCCUGCUGCUGGCCCACGGCACCCGCGAGGAGGUGAACGAGACCUGUGGCGACGGCGACGGGCGCACGGCGCUGCACCUGGCCUGCCGCAAGGGCAACGUGGUGCUGCUGCAGCUCCUCAUCUGGUACGGCGUGGACGUGAUGGCGCGCGACGCCCACGGGAACACGGCGCUGGCCUACGCCCGCCAGGCCUCCAGCCAGGAGUGCAUCGACGUGCUGCUGCAGUACGGCUGCCCCGACGAGCGCUUCGCCCUCAUGGCCACCCCGAACCUGUCCAGGAAGAACAACAACCGCAACAACAGCGGCGGGAGGAUGCCCACCAUCAUCUGAGGGGAGCUCGGUGGCGCCUUCGCUGAGCCGAGCCGCAUCCGCAGCCUCACAUUCCUCCAUGCCCAUCGCAGCUCCGCUCUGUGAGUCCGGUACCUCUCCUUCUCCCUCUUCCCUUCGGCCCAUCCCGAGCGCCAGGCGGAGCGUGGGGGGCCGAGGAGGAGCGCGGGGGCUGCGGGCAGGCCGUUGUUUUGGGGGACGGGCCGCGCGUGGCGCCGGCACCGGCACCGCCCGGGGGACACGCGGCACCGCCGGGGCAGAGGCGAGCCGGAGCAGAAGGAAGGAAGGAAAGGAAAGGAAGGAAGGAGAGACGGUGACUUUCCCUAAGUGACAGUGAAGCACAUCAGAACAUUUCACCUCUACGGAACGCGGCGACGCCUGGAUUUCCAUUCUCUUCUCCUGAAGAGCUUGACGGCAUAAAUCAGAAGCAAGCACAGAGUUUGUCAGGUUUGAAGCUCCUAUGAUGGUAUGUGUCAAAUCAGUUGUAGCUAAUCUGUCCGGGGAGAAUACUGGCUUCAUUACACUUGUAUAGUUGAGUUCUUCCAGCAUUACUGCUGUUUAAUAGAACAUGAUUAGUCAUCACGGAGAAAAAAGCAUAUUAGCUGAGGAGGUAGUUACAUGGCACGCUUCGGUGAUUGCUUGGAUGUGAUUGCAAUAUUCUUAGAAGCAUCAUAUUAUCUCAGACAUGUUCUUUCGAGCCCUUGGAGCCCUCCUUUCUAAAUUCACUGUCAUAAUUUAGUAUCUGUUUAAUUUUUCAGUCCAAAGAGAGGAAAUGAGUUGCUGAGUGUUAUUUGACUGCAGUCUCCUUGGUGUAAAAACAAAAUGGAAAAAAUAAAUAAGAGUAAGCCUGAAACACAAAAAGGAAUAAUGAAUACCGCUAUGGAAAACAACAUUUCAAGUACGUUUGGUGAAAUUAAUAAAUGCAUUAAAGGCUAAUUUUUUUUUUUGUUACGUUUUCAGCCAGCAGAAAUAGGUUCUGUCAUUUUGCCAAGGUAAAUUGUGUUGAGUUUUUGGUCACUCCUGUGAUGCAUUGCCUAACUUAUACAGAUUUUUGUAUUGUGUCUCUAGAUUCUAUGUAUUUAAAAUCUAUUUGAAUAAAAAAAAAGACCGUAAAUAUACAUUGAUUUUUUUUUUUUUGUACAGAAAAUGACAUCUCUGUUAAUUUAUAAACUGUAAUGGAUGUGAACUAAAUAAUGUGCAACUAGUUAGGAUCUGUGGGUUACAGAUCAUUAUUGUACAUCGAUAAUAUUCCCAGCAGUGAACUCUUCUUUCCAAAGCCUGUGAGGAACAACAUAUCAGAAGGAGAUCAGGGAGAAAAAAAAAAAAAAGAAAAAGCAUGUGAGACCUUUUAGAAAGGAGAAAAGAGGCUGUUCCUCAGCGCUGUAAAUAUAUUUUACUCCAGAAGUCAGGAAGCUUUCACAAGCCAAGACAAAAAGCCCCAUUCUGGCUGGGGGAAGAUCAGAUUUGAUUAAGUUCAGAAUUGAUAGCCUUCACCGCGCGGGCAGGGCACGGCUGCGCUCCCUCCCAGCCCCGCUGCUUUCCGCAAGAAAAAUGGCUUGUGCAAGUGGCCUGGACAGUUCAUUUCAAUUCCAAGUUUUAAUACUUGGUUGCGUUAUUUUGGUCUUGCAUCCCAGCUUCUCCUGCUUCACACUAGCAGGAUUCUGGCGUGGGGAAGCAGAGGUUUUGGCAGGCAGAAAAGUGAUUUUUUUUUCAAUUUUCUUUUUUCUUCAGAAGUGGCAUAUGGCAAUGUGGGGAUGGGGGCAUGGUUUAUCAUGGAGAAAGUUGAAAACUCAACUGAAUUUGAUGGCAAAGGAGCAAUUAUGUGAAGGCAGUGAGGUGCACACAGCAAUUUGCAGAUCUACCUGCUCCUGUGUAUUUCCCAGGCCUUUGGUGGUGCUCUUCCUUGGGGCUCUGGGUUUCACUCAGCACACAAAUGGGAGGAGCAGUUGCUAAAUAAACUGAGUGUGGACAAAAUGCAAAGGAAGAAAUGCCAUGUGGUUAUCUUAAGGAAAGCCAAAAAAAAAGAAAAAUUAUGGAUUUGAGGCAAAAUUGUGGUCGAAAAACGAGCCUCCAGGUGGAAGCACAGGAAUAUUGACCAGCUUCUCCUCUUUGGUGGUGUUGUCCUUUUGUACUUUGUUGUUUUCUAGGCCUUUGGGUAUCAGGGGGAGGGAAUUGUUCUCCAGCCAGCCUAGGCUGACUGCUCCAGACACAGCUGAUUCCCUUCCCACUGGGAUACUGCUAAAUAUUUGAUUUUUUAUUUUUAAUUCAGAAAAGGUGUCUGUUUGAACUGCCAUUUCUCCACCAUUCCUGACAUUUGGUACUUACAGGUGGUCCCUCAGGGAGGGGACAGCCCAGCUGAUGUGCAGCUGAAGGGGAUGCUGUGAAACCCCCUCUGUGUGCUGGUGCUCAGGAGCUUUGCCACAGCAGGGAUUUGGGAAUGGCCAUCCCAGAGGUGCUAGAGCUGCCUCCUGUUCCCCCCAGGAGCAUCCAGGGCAUUUCUAUCCCAAAAACCAAGUCCAGUGUUUCAAACCCAGGGUGGGCAUGGUUCAAAGUGCACAUUCCAUUUCAGAGCUGGGUUUUUUUCCUAAUUGAGAUAAUUUUCUGUACAUGGUUUAAUGCUCUCUUUGGGCCACCUUCCUCUGACAAGGCUGGGUUUGAGAAACAAGGGCAACCUGGCAGAUUGCAGGUAGACAAAUUUCGUGGUCCUUUCCUAAAAAUCUUCUGAGGGCAACCCUUGAAAAAGCACUGAAUAUUUUUAGGAGAGGAAAUUCCAGUAUAUUACAGGGAAAAUUAUGCAUCCAGGCAAGCCAAGUGAUGCUUUAAUUAAGUGGUAGCACAUUGCUUUUAACCUAAACGUGGUUUUCCCCUAAGUGUUGGCAGAACUGUGUUAAAGUGUGAGUGUGGGGGUCUGUGAGGAGGAUUCCCAGCCAUGGCAGAGAUCCCUUGGAAGGUCAAGAGAUCCCAGAAUAUCCUGAGCUGGAAGGGACCUGCCAGGUGAGGUCACCCAGGGUGGGGGACAGGGGGAAAGGCAGGGGGUGGGGUAAGCUCUCCUUGGCUGGAUCCUGGUGGGGCUUGGCUUGGAGAGGCUUUCCAGGAGAUGUGUAUUUGCACUUUGCAGAGGCUGCUCUUGCAGCCAUCCAGGUGCAGAAUCAGGCAACGUCUCCUGGCACUUGGAGAUCCCACGGGAAUCGUGGUUCAUGUUGCUUCCACUCCAUUCUCCCACACCUUUCCCGCUCCUUAGCUCGUGUUUAGCCACUCUUUGCUUUUUUGGAACCCUUUUGCCAGGCUGUUCACACCCUUUGAGCAUGUUGGGAACAAAACAAGCCCUAGCUGUGACCCAGUCCAUGAGAAACCCCAGCAGAAGCCCGGCAGCCAAAGCUGUUUUCUCUGGAAGCAGAGUCUGUGGCAGUGGUUGGCAUUGCACCCCACUUAACCCUCCCCCUCAUCCCAGGAACCUUGAAAUCCCCCUUCCUCUGCACUUUAUCCAUGACUAAAACACCAGGAGCAGGUCAGCCACUGGUGUUUCCUUGUUUCCAUUGGUGUUUCCAUAGUUCCUCCUCUCUUUGGCUGAUUGCUGUGGAAUUCAGUCGGAUGUGUCACAGCUGAACCUGAACAUUGCCAGGACAAUUCACUUUUCCUUGCUGUUCAUGAAAAAAAAAGACCCAACCUUGGGAAAAUUCAGGGUCCUGCCCUGAAUGCAGAUAUUUGAUCAAGGGCUCCCAUUACCAGAUUUCCAAUUUUGGUGGUAAAAAAAGGAGCAGGGAAAAAAGGAAAGCUUGGAGAACCUCGGUGCUGCUCGGAAAGCCGGGUGAGCUCCUGGAAGGUGGAGAGGAUUUUGAAGCCUUUGGGUGCAGUGUAAAAUAACUGUGUACACAUUAGCAUUGUUUAAUUCCCUGUCUUGUCCCCCUUCCCUUAAAUUAUGUGUGUUAGUGCAAGAAAAAGAAGAAGCUUUAGCUGCACUUGGAGAUUUCCCUGGGCCAGAGAAGGCCGAGUCACGUAGGGAGAGGAGUCGAGGUGGGAACACAGAUCCGGGUUUGGAAGUGAUCUCCGGCACUGUAAUGUAGAAUAAUUAGAUUAUAUGGGGUUGGAAUAGCUUCAGCUUUUAUAUUUGUAUGGAGAUCGGGAGAAAUGAAGUAAUUUGUAGUUUCUAGUAUAAAGUAGUGGUAGUGGAGACAAGCACAGAUUUCACAAGGGGGUCCCCAAGGGACCCUUCCCAAACGUCUCGGGGAGCCGCCUUUGCACCUUAACAGGGAUGGUUUUUGGGGUUUGUUGUUGGUGAAAUGGUCAUUUCAUGUUUGGUUACGUGGUUGUUGUCAGAGGGGGGACUCCAGGGGAGCGUUGGGGACCAAACUUUGGGGCAGCUUGGCUGGAGAGGAGACAACUUGCCCAUCCUCAUCUCACCGUCAGGCAUCCUCCUUCCCCCUCCUGGGGCUGCUACAGCGACCCUAUCCUUAGGUGGGAUCUCUGCCUGUGGAUCCUCAGUUCCACACCUUCCAUUCUUGAGGGUUUGUGGGUAAAAUUUACUGCAUAGAAAACCCAGGUUUGGACGUUCUGGUGUUUGCUGCACAACAGGAAAAGAAACAAAACCCCUCCGGAGUAAAGUUCUUUUCAAGGUAGAAAAGAAACACUGAACUACCCCAAAUUAAGAGGUUCUGCAAGGAGUUUUGAGUUCCAAGCUACCAAAAAAAGAAGGUUGGCUUGAAUGGUUUUAUUGGAAAAUAAUAAUAGAGCUCAUAGAGCAAAACAUCCAGAGCUGUAGAUGGGUGAAUUUGUUGGUUUAGGGUAUUUGUAGGUUUUGCUUUGUUGUUUAGCAUGGGCCAGUUUUUACAGUAAAUACUGGGACAGUUUACCUUGAGUUGACUGAGUCUGUCCCACGCUUUAAAGGGAGGUUUGAGGGCUUUUGGCCAGGAUUGUCAGGAGCUGUGAAUAGUUCACGUUUAGAGAGGGGAAUUGCAUGAUUUCUGAAAAGUAAGAGGUGGGUUUGGGGUUUUUUUUAGGGCCAUCUUCAGCCCCAAAUCGCCAAGCAUGUUUCUGGCCCCAUGUUUCAUUUCAGGGUGACAGCAAGAUGUGGGUGAAUGAGCUCCCAUCGUUGACUACCAUGUUCAGGGGGGAGAACUUUUGCUUGUGGGUGGAUAAAAUAAAGCUGUCUUUGUGCAUUUCAGCAGUUUUAAGCUCUUCAUCUCCCCGUGCCUGCCUGUGUCCCAAACCCCCGUGGCACACUGGGUUCUGUUGGCAGGCACAGCCUCAGCUUCCCCUCAGCCAUGGAUUUCCUGGAUGUGGUUUUUUUUAGCUUCCAGUGCUAAGGACUGGCUGUUUUGCAGUGCUUCAGAGCUACUCAUUGUUACAUCUGUGUGUUCUGUACAGAAUGUGGAGGGGGGUGGGUGGGGGACACCUCAGAGGUCUCGUGGCAUGCCUUGGGAACAGUGGCCACCUUGCUUGCUGGCAGUGAAUGCACCCUGCUCUCCCCCUCUUUCCAGAGCUGAUCCAUGUGGGUUUUUUGUUGUUCCUGAGAGCUGAAGUACCUGAAAACACUUCCCUGGUCCUCAGGAAUUGCAGGGUACAAGGAGGAAAACCCCUCACAGAGACAGCCCAGCCACAUCUCUGUGCUGAAGGCAAACCCCAAACUCCUCCCGCAGGACCCAAGAAGGGUUUUGGUGCUGAAUGUGGCAUUUUUUAGCACCUGCAUCCCAAAAAGCAGGGGUUGAGCUGAGUUGAAGUAGUAGGUGAAGUGCAGCCAGGGUGUCCUGAGCCCUCAGGUGUCACCUGGGGCUCACUCUGCACGUGCUGUGUGUGCUGGAGCCUGCUCCUCUCCCUGCUGUCAGGGACUGUGGGAGUGCCCUGAUCACCAUCGGGAGCUGGAGCCAGCCUCUGGCUGGGAGCUUCCCAGCUGGAGUCAGACCAGCCACUUCCAGGGUGGGGGACACUGGCUCCAGGGGUGGAGAGGUGCAGGGAGAUGAGGUCCAGGCUUGCUGCAGCCUCAGAGGUUUUCCAAAAAUCCAGCUCCUCCAGGCAGCAGCACUCAGCUUGAGAAACCUUGGCCUCCACGGCUGGAGGGGAGACAUCCCUCCCUUGCUGGAGAGGGGAAAUCCCACCUCGCCAGCCCUGCGGGUGGGAGGCUCCAGGGAAGGAGAUUCUGAAGGUGGAAAGGACAGAGUCUUGCAUUUCAGAGGCUCUAUUUAAUAUCAGUUUGCUUGAGACUCAUCUUUCUGGCUGAUCCUGGGUGUGGGACCAGUGAGCUGCCAGGGAUUCAGUGGCCCUUGGGGUCCUGCUGCUUUUUGGGGAGAUGUUUCCCGGUGAGAUGUUCCUAAGAGCUGUCUCCAGCCGGGUUCUCCCCCAAGGGCAGCUCCCCAUCCCUCCCUCCAUGUGUUCCUGGCCACGACUGGCUGCAGAAUUUUGCUGUGGGGGUGCCCAAACUUGGGGUGCUGCAGGCUGGGAGCAGCUGGGCCAGCGUUGCUGACACCAUCUCCACCCUGGCUUCGGUUUCUUGUCCUUCCAGGGGCAAUCCACAGGGAGAGGGCAGGGAGGAGCUGUGGGCAGGGCCAUGGCAGGGUGUGCAGGGACAAUGGGAGCAUCUCUCACUUCCCACCCCUUCAAUUCCUUGGAAGUGCUGUUGAAACCCCCCCAGUGUUUUCUCCUGGGGUAACCAGGGACUCAGCUGGAUUCUCACGGAAUCUGCUGAGAAGAGGAGGGUGUAGCCUUGCUCUGAGAGCACACAGCUCCCUGCCAGUCCCAGGUGUCCAGGGUUUGUCACUGUCAGGGGCAGCUUUCAGUGGUGGGCUGCCUGUGGGUGCACAGACCGAGGGGCACGUGGGGCAGGGGUGUCUCCUGAAGCCCCAGGCACUCGUUCUGUGAUGUUCUCCACCCUUGGAACAGCCCAGAGCUCGGAUCUGCAGCUCCUGCUGCCUUAAAACCCCCUGGCUUCAGCAGGGUUUGAGCAUAUCCCAAAAGCUUGGCCCCAGCCUGCAAGGGCUGGGUUUUGUGUUCAGCCCCCAAAUCUUCCAGGUCUUUCUGCUUUGUGGUGUUUGUCUUUCCAGUGGAGUAGGGAGGGAGCCCAGGUGAGCAGGGGACACCUGCCUGGGGCAGGGGCAGGAGAUACCUAGCACAUGGCAGGCUUCAUAGCAAGUUUUGGGUUGUUGGGGUUUGGUUUUUUUUUUGUUUGUUUGUUUUCUGUUUCUGUAAAUAAUAAUGUAUAAAUGAUGAUGCGACAGUGUGGAAAUUCUAAAAAAAAAAAAAAAAAAGGCAAAAAAAGGUCUUUUGUUGUUGUUUUUAUAUUACCUCAUCCAGCAAGUUUGUUUUACAAUGACUCGAUGAUGCUUUAUUUAUAUUGUUUGUACUGUAAUUAAACCAAUUGACAAACAUUUCACUUUGCUUGUUGUUUCCUAUUAUUUGGGUUUGAUUAAGUAUGCCAGUUUGUAUUAUGUUCCCCUUUCCUCUUUCUCUCUCUCUACACGUCGAGAUUUUUUGUGUCAGCUGUACAGUAUUCUGAAUAAUUAAAAAUAAAAAUUAAAAAUUAAAAAAAAAAGGAACAAAAAAGCUGUAAAGUACUGCAGAGAGAGGCUGCUAUAUUGUAUAGGUCUCUUUCUAAUAAAGACAAGAAAACUUG